GGGGGAAUUGAGGUUCGUAGCAAGCGUUUUCAACCAAAUGGGCAGCUGCAUCCAUGCCGCUGUUUUUUGGUUGAAGCCAUUUGGGUGCAUCGUUUGAACCGCAACUCACGACGUGCAAGUACACGCUGAUGCCAAUUCUCAUUGGACGGCGUACAAUUUCCCGUUAAGUUUUCGUCUUGUCCCCGCUGGAAGCGUUGUCUUGUAGUCUUGUUGGUAGGACCAUGGCUCCACAAUUGUCUGGCAGUGUGAUGCGCUGUCGGUAUGUUGGCCGGUACGUAUUCAUCAUCAUUGUGAUCGCAAUAAUUGUUGAACUCUGUGCGUGGGUAUUUUUUGUUUCGAGUGCGGAAGACCCGUUCUGGCGCUUGACUUCAAGGCGCAUCUUUCAGGACGAUCCCGGUGGUGCGUUACCCAGCGUUCGAGGGAACAACCGAGUUGCAAGCAACGUUUCGGCAGGCGGUGUAACGUUCAAGCCAGUUAUGCCACUACGAACCGAGGGCCCAAAUAUUGUGGAUGCGCUCGGACGUACAUUCAAGCUUUAUCCCGGAUUGCGUAAAUUGGCAUGGCACGAACGAAAAGGGCGCUAUGUUUGGUUUGCACGCGUACCCUCUGCAUUGGUGGGUCAAGUCAAUACGUGAGCUUGGCUUUAAUUGUGUGAGGUUGCCCAUCUCGCUUCAAAACGUGUUGGAUGGUGCCACGAGGGUCGACAACGAGCUCUUGAGUGCGAACCCAGCGCUCCAGAACAUGUCAUCGCUACAGAUUCUGGAUGCCUGCAUUGAGGCACUCACUCAGGCUGAUUUCGUUGUUGUAAUCAACAUCCACACCUUGGCGAACAGGAACUGCUGCACCGAUCGUGAUGGCGAGGGUCUCUGGUACACGAGCCACCGAGUUGAGGGCAUGGCGUCUUUCUCGGAGGGUCAGUUUUUUGACGCCGUCACGCGCGUCGCCCGUCGAUACAGGAGCAAUGCUCUUGUAGCUGCGUUCGACUUGAAGAACGAGAUCCGGCCAGAUCGGGAUGUUUUUCCCUGGUUGCUUCCUUCUUGGGGUGGAGGCGAUAUUGCAACCGAUUGGACCAUCGCCGCGAAGAGGGCUGGUUUACUGGUGCUGGCUGAGGACAAAGACAUGAUCUUGAUAGUGUCUGCAAUGAAUUUUGGACAAUACCUCUGCGAUGUGGUUACGUACCCGCUGCAUUUAGAUGAAUCUCUGCAAGGCCACAUCGUUUAUACAGUUCAUCAUUACGAGUUUUUUUACAUACCUGGAUAUUUUGUCAGGGUCAUCUCGGAGAAUAUUAAUGCAAUUCUGGGCUGCAGUUGCGUUUACACCACGGCUGUGUUGCUGCUUGCGUCAUUCGUUCCGAGGUGGUGGCCUCCAGACAGGGUACAUUUGACUCACCCCGGCGAUGCAGCAACCGCUACGCAGUGUAGAGUUCCGAUUUUGUUUUCUGUGGUAGCUUGCGCAUCCUAUGUUGCCUGGGGAGUAGCAUCCACAUAUUGUGGCUUGGUAGCCGAAAUAUCAAGACUUUGUUUCGAAUGCCUAUUAUGCUUUCUGUUCACAGGUUUCGCAAUUGUCAUGUGGACCCGUAUUGCAUGUAGGCGAGGGCUAGCAGCAGUGAAUGUCCAAUCUUUGUUCGCACAGUUUUUGGACUCUUGGCUUUUUCCUGCUCUUGGUUUCCAAUUCGUGAUCUUACUCAUGUGUGCUUAUAUCAUCACUUCUUUUCAAACGUAUAGCAAAUACGCCAAGACUUUUGACGCGUCAUGGGGCUUCCUUGGGUCAUGUUCUUCGGUAGAUCCAGCCAGAACUGCGCCGGUAUGGAUUUCGGAAUUCGGUGUACCUGGUGACCCGCCAGAGGAAGCAGUGGCAUGGUGGCCUUGGUUUUUGCGAUACAUGAGUGAACGGAACUUUGCUGGUUUUUCUUAUUGGCCAUUGACUAAUGGUAGCAUGAGUAUUUUUGAUCGCCAGCUGCUUUUGCGGAGGGGCACGGGUCUGCUUGAUAACAAGUGGCAAGAUUUUGUUCUUAAGCCUUUGCAGCAUAUCAUGAGAGACCCAAUGCCAGUACCAAGAUGUUGAACCUCACGCAGCGGCUAUCUUUCCGACGGCGUUGAGCCAGGAGACUAUGCGAUUGAUGGUUCAGAACCAGCUAAAAUGAUCCCGCCAGGGGCCUCGAAAACAGAAGCAGGCGCACGACUGCGAAGCUUCUAGGGAGUUUGGCACGCAGCAGCACGCAGCAUGCGGCCGCGGCUGCCGUCGCCCCAGGCUCCUGAUGAGCGGCCC